GCCCCGCCCGCCCCGGCCCCGCCCCGCCAUCCGCCUGCGAGUCCCGCCCGCGAGCGAGUGCGGCCGGGCAGUCGGGCUGGCGGAGGAGCAGCGCGCAGCGCGGAUAAGGCAGAGCGGCUCUCUUUGCAUGUGAGGCCGGACCUGAGCUGUCCCUCAAGAUGAAGGUCUUCCUGCCCGUGCUGCUGGCCGCCCUCCUGGGUGUGGAGCAAGCCCACGCCCUGGUGUGCUUCUCGUGCACGAAUCAGAAAAGCAACUUCUACUGCCUGAAGCCCACCGUCUGCGAGGACACCGACAAAUACUGCGUGACCGUCUCCGCGGCCGCGGGCAUCGGGAACGUGGUGGACCUCGGCUACAGUCUGAACAAGGGCUGCUCCCCCAUCUGCCCCGCGCCCCCCGGCAUCAACAUCGGCGUGGCGUCCAUGGGCACCCACUGCUGCCAGAGCUUCCUGUGCAACAUCAGCGCGGCCGGCGGGCUGCGGGCCAGCACCUCCCUGCUGGGCCUCGGGCUCCUGCUCAGCCUGCUGGCCCUGCUGCGGCCCGGGCCCUGACCCCCGGGUCCUGACCCCCGGCCCCACCGCUCAGGAAGAAAAGCCCAGCCCCGCCAGACCCUCACGCCUCACACCCCCGACCCCACCCCCUCCCAGCCUUAGUCUCCUCUGCAGGCCUGUUCCCGCCCCCCCCCCCCACACCUACACCUGCCCCCAGGGCACCGCCUGUCCUCACUCCAGGGUCCAUGAUGUGAGCUCCUCAGAGGGGCCCCCUGGGGCCUGUGGGUCAGCAGCUGUACCUGGGUCUUGGGGGGGACACACUGCGUGAGGCCCAAGCCCAGGCCCUGUCCAUCAGGCCAGUCCGCCCUAACGGUGGCCUGGAAGGGGGUGCUGGGGUGUGGGCGCCCAGCUGUGCGCACAGGGGUCUGUGAGGCCUUGGGGGCUGUGCUUGGGGGGCAGGAGGGCCGGGGGCUCCAAGCAGAGUCCAUUCUGGGGCUCCCCGGAGGCCACGCCCCACUCCAGCAGCCGCAGGCCCAGGAAUCGGCUCCCACCCCACAGCGGCCCCACCGUCCCCCUCAGGCUGGAGCCUCCUGCUUUGGUGCCUCAAAUAAACAGACGUGGGAACCCUG